AUGAGUGAAGCCGCCAAAAGGGAAAGGGCUACCCCGGAUUCGGGCAUUACUCACGGACAUGCCUUAAUGGCAGAGGCUACUUGUUCCAAGCAGCAAGUUGAUGGCCUUCAGAAGCAAAUAGAUGGUCUGGAGAAGGGGUCUUCAGGAAGUGCAUGGGGACCUACAGGAUGUGCGAGUGAUGAGGCAGAAGAGAAGGAGGAAGAAGGGGAAUUAGUUUCAUAUUUGUAUAGUGAGGGGAAAGUACAAAAUCAGGUAGUGAGUGGGGAACCUGAAAUUUCACUUAAUUCUAUUACGGGCACACCUGGUGCUAAAACUAUGAGAGUGAUUGGAAGAAUUGGGAAGGAGCAAGUGGUGAUUUUGGUUGACUCCAGAAGAGUUAAAUGGCUGGAGUCUUUGGGGCCAAUUGUGUGGGGUUUUUCCCAACUUACUAUGAAGUUUGUGUAUGGUGGAAAGGAGGUUGAGUUGGUGGGAUUGGGCUUGAAGAGCCUAGCGAUGGAAGGCAAUCAUAAGUCACUCAUGACUUCUGUGAGUAGAGGGAAGGGGCUGUUCCUACACCUACUGGUGGGAAAAGACAGUGAUAAGAACACUCAAUGGGGAGGGGAUGUGCAGCAAAUCCUCACUAAGUUUCACGGGGUCUUUGAGGUUCCAAGAGGGUUACCACCUUCCCGUGUACAGGACCAUAAAAUCACAUUAAAGGAAGGCACUCAACCUACAAUAGCGAGGCCUUAUCGAUACCCACACUACCAAAAGAUUGAGAUUGAGAAGAUUGUAGCAGAGUUAUUGGAAACAGGGGUAGUAAAACCCAGCACUAGUCCAUUUUCUUCACCCGUGUUGUUAGUUCAUAAGGCGGAUGAGAGUUGGAGGAUGUGCGUGGAUUAUAGAGCCCUUAACCAAGAAACCAUUAAGGACAAGUUUCUUAUUCCGGUUUUUGAUGAAUUAUUAGACGAGUUGUAUAGGUCGAUGGUCUUCUCAAAACUGGACUUAGGGUCCUGA